AUGAAACAGGCAAAAAAUACUGAGGAAGAACAUAGAUAUGAGAGACGAAGAAGUUUACAGUCAAUGGAGGAGGUAGAAAAUGAACAACCACGUGGUCAAGCUGAAGAAAACAACUACACCUAUCUGAAGCUAUCUGCUCUGUUACCUAUCUAUGAUAAUCCUGACGAGCGCAUGCCAUGUCCAAACUCUAACACGGCACCAGCUGAUGCCGCCAAGUCCUUGGCUAUAUGGGAUUUAUCAAUUGAUGAAGAAGAUGACAGUUCUGACGAGGAAGAGAGUGAAGAUGAAGGAUAUGGACAACUGUUUAAGCACGAAAUGUAUAAUGUUUUGUCACUUCGCAAGACAUAUCCUGACAAAUCUAUCCAUGUAAGACCAGUUUCAGAUGAUACAAUGGUAAGUACCUCUUCCAAAGAAACUCAAUACGGAUACCAAUCUAUCCAGCUAGCGACAUCAAAAGUCCCCGAAGACAAAGUAGAAACAUCCAAAUAUUUGUCAAGAAGUUUGUCUGAGAAGGUAACUAUACAACAGAGCCUGAUAAGUGAAACAAUUGAAGAGUACAUUCAGACUUCAAAAGUCACACGAAAUCUUAACGUACUUGAAGAUGAAGAUGAGCUACAGGGCACAGUGAUAACAAACUAUAAAAGUCAAACAGUCAGCACUGGAAACGCCCAACCUUCGCAAAAGAAUACUCGGCCGUACAGUUUGGCCAAAACAAGCUUGUCCUCUGACUUAACGCAAGAUAAAAUUCCAAUAGCUGAGAGCAUUGAUGAAGAUGAUAAUGAAAAUGAAUAUGAUGAUGUAGAUAACAAGGAUGAUGAUGUAAAUAAAAAUGGUGAUGAAAAUGAAUAUGAUGAUGUCAAUAAAAAAGAUGAUAUGAACGAAGAUGGAGAUGCAGAUAAAGAUGGUGUAAAUAAUGAUAAUGACGGAUAUGAAGAUGAUGUAUGUAAAAAAUCUCGUCCAAUUAUCCAAAGCAACACGGGAAAUGAGAUCUCAAAAGGAAAUGAUAUAAUACAAAAGUCUUGCAGAGGAGCUGAGUGUGAAAAUCAACCAGAGAAGACAACAAAGAAUGAAACAUUUCUGGCAGUGUUUCUUACCGAUUCUCCGGAAGAUAAUUCUCCGAACCAAGAAUAUACGCAAGUUAUAAAGAAACGAAUGCUGUCAUCAACAGAAAAUAAAAUAUCCGAAAAGAAUCCAGUUGACCCUAUUUUACCUAAGAAGACCGGUUUUUCAUCCGAUGAGAAAGUUUUAAUCUGAGCUGUUAGGUUCUUGUAGGAACUGAUGAAGGAAAUCUGAAGAGCAGUGCGGACAAAGACAAGUCAGAAAAUGAUAUUUCAGACAUAACAUACCGUUUGAUUAAUAUUACCAACAUUUAAUCUUUUUGUGUUGAAAGCGGCCCUCAUGUGGUGUAAAACAUCUUAAAGUAUGUUCUGCAAUAAAUCAUUGAAGUCAUUGAAGAAGAACUUAAACUAAACAUGGCAUACGUAUAUUUGUUGAAUUAUUAUAUAAUAUCACGUAAAACAUUUUCUAUUUAAAA